AUGAGCAAACAUAUGUACUCUACUGCUAAUCUCACUGACAAAGAAUUGAAAGAGCAGGGAAACAGAUUAUUUAGUUUACGAAGAUUUGAAGAUGCCAUGAACUGCUAUACUAAGGCGAUUAUCAAAAACCCUUCUGUGGCCACAUAUUUCACAAAUCGUGCGUUGUGUCACUUGAAGAUGAAGCGAUGGGAGUCGACGUGCAAUGACUGCCGUCGCGCUCUGGACAUUGAUAAUAACCAGGUCAAGGGACAUUUUUUCCUUGGACAAGCACUAGUCGAACUUGACUGCUAUGAUGAAGCAAUCAAACAUCUCCAUCGAGCCAAUGACUUGGCAAAAGAACAAAAGCUUAACUUUGGCGAUGAUAUUGCUGCACAGCUACGUAUUGCAAGGAAAAAGAGAUGGAAUGUACAAGAGGAAAAGAGAAUAUCACAGGAGAUUGAAUUACAGACAUACCUUAAUAGGCUCAUUAAUGAGGAUAUGCAACGGCGAAUAGAAUCACUAAAAUUAGAAAACACAAAUGAAGAAGAGGCUAAUUCAAAAAUUGCUAAAGUUGAAGAGGAAUGUAAUAACUACAGUAGUGAGUUAAAUAAUCUAUUUUCCAAAAUGGAUGAAAGGCGGAGAAAACGCGAUGUGCCAGAUUACUUGUGUGGUAAAAUUAGCUUCGAAAUUCUUAAUGAGCCAGUAAUCACUCCAAGCGGUAUAACCUAUGAGAAGAAAGAUAUUGAGGAACAUCUAGAGCGGGUCGGGCAUUUCGAUCCCGUAACGCGAGUGAAGCUGACGGCGGACCAGCUGAUUCCCAACUUCACUAUGAAGGAGGUGGUCGACGCGUUCCUUCAGGAGAAUGAGUGGGCACUGGAUUAC